GUCUGCCUAGUUGUCGACGGUAGACGCAAUAAGGCGGUUCUGAAGAAGAAGUGGUGUUUAGUUAGUUUGUUAGUUUUGUUGUGUUAUUUCUAAAUAUAUUUGGGUUGUUAACUUCUGGCCAAAACGAUGGCUUCAUCUGAUGUUGCUCGACAGCCGGAUAAAGCGGUCCGACCCCUGUCCCUGGCAGGACAUGUGGGCUUUGACAGCCUCCCGGAUCAGCUUGUCAACAAGUCCAUCUGCCAGGGCUUCUGCUUCAAUAUUCUCUGCAUUGGUGAAACCGGUAUCGGCAAGUCUACUCUAAUGGACACUCUGUUCAAUACCAACUUUGAGAACUUCGAGUCAUCACACUUUGAGCCUCAAGUGAAGCUGCGGGCUCAAACCUACGACCUACAGGAGAGUAAUGUCCGACUACGCCUUACGGUGGUCAACUCUGUGGGCUUCGGAGACCAAAUGAACAAACAAGAGAGCUAUCAGCCGGUGGUGGACUACAUCGACAGGCAGUUUGAGAGUUAUCUACAGGAAGAGCUCAAAAUCAAACGCUCUCUUCACAACUACCACGACUCGCGAGUCCACGCCUGCCUUUACUUCAUCUCCCCCUCGGGUCAUUCCCUCAAAUCCCUGGACCUGGUCACAAUGAAGAAACUAGACAGCAAGGUGAACAUCAUCCCAGUGAUCGCCAAAGCUGACACCAUCAGUAAGAGCGAGCUGCACAAGUUCAAGAUCAAAAUCAUGAGCGAGCUGGUCAGCAACGGCGUCCAGAUCUACCAGUUCCCCCUGGAUGACGAGACCGUCGCCAAGGUCAACACUACUAUGAACGGUCAUUUGCCAUUUGCUGUAGUAGGCAGCACAGAGGAAGUAUCUGUGGGCAAUAAGAUGGUGAAGGCUCGUCAGUAUCCCUGGGGUGUAGUUCAAGUGGAGAACGAGAGUCACUGUGACUUUGUGAAGCUGAGGGAGAUGCUGAUCUGUGUGAACAUGGAGGACCUGAGAGAGCAGACACACACUCGCCACUACGAGCUGUACAGACGCUGCAAACUGGAGGAAAUGGGAUUCAAAGACACAGGCCCCGAGUGCAAACCUGUGAGCUUGCAGCAGACUUAUGAGGCCAAGCGUCAGGAGUUCCUGGUGGAGCUGCAGAAGAGAGAGGACGAGAUGAGGCAGAUGUUUGUGCAGAGGGUGAAGGAGAAGGAGUCCGAGCUGAAGGAGGCUGAGAGAGAGCUGCAAGGUCGCUUUGAGCAGCUGAAGCGCCUCCAUGCAGAUGAGAAAGCAGCUCUGGAGGACAAGAAGAGACUCCUGGACGAGGACCAGAGUUCCUUCGGCAAGAGAAGAGCGGCCGCCCAGCUCCUCCAGGCCCAGAGCCUCACCGCCAACGGCAAGAAGGACAAGGACCGCAAGAAUUCUGGCUUCAUGUGAAGACGCUUGGAUCUGAAGUACACUCCAUUAUGACCAGUAUAACCAGUGACAUUGAGGCCACAUCCUUUCCAGCCCUUUGUGGCCAGUCUCAAACACUAACCAGAACAAAACCCCACACAAACCAGCAGUGUGUGUGAGUUAGUGCCAAAGUUUAAUGUCUGUACCCUUUGUGUGUGUGUGUGUGUGUGUGUGUGUGUGUGUGUGUGUGUGUGUGUGUGUGUGUGUGUGUGUACACUUUUCUCAAUGGUAUUUUUAAUCUUCUUCAUGGGUUUUAUACCUCUGUGUAAUAUUUUAUAUUUAUCCUUUCAUUUUUAUAUAAAACCUGUAUUUUCCAUAUACCUCCCUCCUUUUUUUUUUUCCUUUUUUUGGGCCCAGACUAGAUGCUGUCCACAGAUCAAAGGGAUUGGAUAGGUACAACACUAUAUUGAAAGGGACAUCUUCACUUACAUUUAAUAAUUCCUCCAUAUGUCUAGUGUAUAAUAAGAACACACUUAAUGGGUUGUAAUGCAGCCUUAAGACUUUACUAAUGAGAAAUAAACAUCUGUGAUAUGCUUGUAAUUUAUUCUAAAGCCUCUUUCAGACAUGCACUUCAUGAGGAGAUUUACAUUUUGGUUUUAAAGUCUACUUAAAUGCCAAAAUCUAUUUUUUCACAACAACAUGUGGCUUAUUAAUAAAACCUCAGAGAUAAACAAUUGCUUCAUUAUUUUUUCAACUCAGCUGUGAGGAGGAAUAUAGUGUAAGCACUGCGGCUCUCUGUGUAAUAGUCCUGUCAUGUUUAAAUACAGCCGUUACAGAAUAAUUACUCCACGGAGACCUUUGAUAUUUAACACAUGUGACGCUAAAUCCAGCAAUGUAACAGAACUCAUGUCUGAAAGGGCUUAACUGAUCAUUUCUGCAGGCCGAUUAAGUGCAUUCAUCAUUAACAGCGGUCAUAAUCAUGGUCACAGGGCGUUAUAAUUCCUUAUCUUUUUCUAUAUUAUGUCUGAUUUCUUUCCUAACACUUCCUUGAUGCUAUAAACUUUAACUAUGAUCACACCAGCAUUAUACAAAAACCUGAGGGAGCCACACUAUUUCUCCUGUUGCUGUUCCAAAGGGACUUCUCUUGUCCAAUUCCAGUUUUACAGUUUUCUAGGAGGUUGGGGAUGAUGCUUGGUUUUGGAUUAGGUACAUGUAACAGCAUAUAUUUAUAUAUAUAUAUUGUGUUUGUUUUUUUUUAUCCUUAUUUUUGCUCCAUUAUUUUCCUCACUGACACAAACCGUUGAAGUUUGCUUUGCAGUCUGUCUGAAAGGAGCUGACUCGUGGAAAGUCGGUGUUGAGAGAGUGCGGGAAAAGAGAGAAGAUGUCUUUUUGACUGUAUUUUUUAUAAUUUCUCUAUUCACUUGUGUCUGGAAGCAAAGCAUUUAACAGUACAGAUUAAACCACAACAGUAAAUGUUGAUUUAUAAAUCAACAUUUACUGCCACUUUAUAUUUGACACUAGUGUUUAAUAUGUGUUAGUGCCUUAACUGUGUGACGCUUAGAAUGAAACUAUCCACCUAACUAGUACAUCCAGGGAAACACCGAUGCUUAAUGGAGUAAAGCUUGUCAAAGACACUUUUGUACUACACUUGUAUUUAAGGAAUAAACAGUGUUAUUUGGGAGCUUUUUUUUUUUCCCUUCUUUCUAAAUAAAUCUUUGUAUUUUUGUCAUGA